GCUCGUGUCGAGGCAGCCGUUGCGGAUGUUGAAGCCGUACUCCUCCAGCUGGAUGCCGACCGUGAGCGGGUACUUGGUCGCGGCUUCAGCGUAGCUCAUGGCGUUGUAGUUGGCGGUGACGGCCUCCAUGGCCUCGAGCUUCGAGAGCUGGACACCGGCAAACUGGCGCUCAAAGUCCAUGACGAUCUUGGCCGCGGCCUUGGCGUCACCCGCCGACUUGCCGCCGCCAAGCGUGAAGAGCGACACAAUGUACUGCUCGUAGUGCGGCUGGAGGAAGCCCCAGAUGCCUGCGUCCGUGUAGUACUCGAGCUCAUCGAAGGUGAGCGGCGCCUGGAACGAGUAAAGCACGUUGGUCGUCGCGUCCAUCUUGUCGGGGUACACGGCGGGCUGCGUGAACGCGGGCACGUUCUUCUUGCUGAGCUUGGCAACCGUGUGGAGGAUCUCGGUCGUCGAGUUGGCCGAGCGAAUCGCCUUGAGGUCAUCAGCGAUCGGCGUCACACCGAGCGCGAUCAGAGAAGCUUCGUCCUUGCACGAGUUGUAGUACUCGGUGAGCUUGGAGUGGCCGGCCGCGAGGAUGUUCUUGAUGACGGCGUCGUUCUUGGCCGCAAUGACGCUGAACGACGUGUCGAUCGUCGAGCGGUCCGCGGGAAUGACGGCGUUCUUAAUCCAGCCACCGCACGCGUACUGGUAAAAGUCCGUGCAAGGGUCAGCGUCCCGGUCCAUGAGGUCGGCGACCUCCUUGGGGAACUCGGUGACCGAGCCCGCGAGCGCCGUCGCCGCCAAGGCGCUGAGGGUAACGAUGAUCUUGACCAUACUGGUGGUAGCUGGUAA